CCAUAAAAUGGCGUUGCCCAGGGUACUGUGUCGCGCUCGUCUGCUUUUAAAUAACGAUAUUUUCGUGGUUUCAAAAUAUUUUUCAAUAGUGAAUACUGUUUUAAUAAAUAAAACGGUGUACGUGCGAACUGUGCGAGAUUUCAGGACACAUUAUUCGGCAAGUGAAGUGUUAAAUUCGAACAAAAAACCGGAAUUAGAACAAUCGAGUUCGUCUUCUUCAUCAUCGUCUUCCUCGGAUAGUGAUAUAGACAGUGACUCCGAAUCUGAAGACGGACAACUAUUUCAGGACGCGAAAAUUCCUGAAAAUUUUCCAUUAACUGAUAAAGACGUAACAGUGGAAUACCACAAAGGACUGCCUCAAAUUACAGUGCCCUUGCCGAGUCGAAAAGAAAGAUGUAAAUUCACACUAAAACCGAUUACUAAUACCGUAGGGGACUUUUUAGAAAUGUUAAAACGAGAAGAUAAAGGAAUCGACAGGGUGGUGUGUAAAUGUCGCGACGAUACUCGAAUAGCGUCUUCCAAUACUAUAGAAACUUUAUUAGAUGAUGAUUUCAAAUUAGUGAUUAACGACUGUUCCUAUAAUGUUAUUUCUCCGAAACACGAGAGAGUUACAGGAGAAGAAAUACAAAGACUUAAUGACAUCAAAAAUUUAGUUAGCCAAUUGUACGAAGCAAUGCAUGUCGAAGAACAUCAGAUCUCCAAGGAAAAAGAACUGGUGACUCAACUGGAGACAAUCAAAAAAGAAUUAUUACCACUAGAACAGUUGAAAAAUGAUAUUGAACUAGUUGCCUAUCGGAAAGGUAAUUGGCUGGCGUGGGCGGGAUUAGGAUUGAUGUCAGUCCAAUUUGGUAUCUUGGCCAGGUUAACCUGGUGGGAAUACUCAUGGGAUAUUAUGGAACCUGUUACAUACUUUGUUACCUAUGGUACUGCUAUGGCGUGUUAUGCCUAUUUUGUUCUCACUAAAGAGGAAUACAUUUUACAAGAUGUCAGGAACAGACAGCAUUUGAUGGUAAUUCAUAAAAAAUCUAAACAAAUAGGUUUGGACAUUACGCAAUACAACAUGCUUAAACAAGAAGCUGCUAGAAUAGAAUACACAUUGAAGAAACUAAGGAAUCCCUUGAAAUUGAAGUUGCCCCCUAAACAGACGUCCUCCCAAUUAGCUUCAACCGGAACAGGCAAUGUUACGGUAACUUUAGUCAACGAUCCCACAACCCAACCCAAAGUUGUUUUAGAUCCCAGUGUUACACCUUUAGUUUCUAAAGAUAUUAAACCCACAGAAGAUUCGAAGACUACUAAUGAAGAUUCUUCGAAAUGUGUUGUGGAAAAUGAACCCAAAAAAUGAUGAAUACCUUUGAUAAGGAGGAAUGUUGGUUUUUUUGCUCUCAAUUCGUUAUUAUUAUGUUAUUUAUUGAUUUGUAGAUUUAAAAUUAUGAAGAACAGAUCUCCGUUAAGCAAAAGAAAACAAUAAAUAUUAAUUUGCAUCUAAUGUCUCGAGAAAUAUUUUUUUAUUUAUUUACUAGUUCAAAUUCGAGUCAUUUCUCACAUAUAAUUUUUUAGACACUCCAUUUCGCCAUCCCCCCAACUUUUUCCAUCCAUUUUUCUAUACAUGGCUAGUAACUUUUGCAAGAAUCGGGAAAAAAAUUAUAAAACUACUCAAGCAAAAGUGAACACUUAAUAUUUUCAAAUAUUAUUUCGAUAGAAUAAUUGACAAAUUGGAAACGUUAUAUAUCAUGCUAUAAAGGGUUCAAAUCGCCCAAAAGGUACUUAUAUUGUUCACAGUUUGUUAUGGUUAUUGCAAACAUAUCAAAUAUCAAAACAAGACUAGGAAACUUGAUUGGAUCACGAUUCAUUAUGGAGACUUGAAAGAUCUAUUGUGCUCUCUCCUUCACUAAAUUUCCAAGGGCUGUCCCAAUCUAUUAUUUUCUUCCUGAUCUUCAAACAAAUGCUAGAAUAUCUGCAGGCUUCAAUUUAGGAAGAUCCUCAUGUUUUAUUCAGUGUUCUUUGAAUUAUGAAGUUCUGAGAUCGUAUAGUGUCUAGCAAUUAGCAAGUAUUUGGAUAGAUGUUAUCUCAUGUUAUCUCACUGAAGGAAUUUCUUGAGGUAUCCAAUGGAUUUUUACCAUCUGUUCUGACCUUAGUUUCCUAAUGUGUUUUCGCUUGUCUUAACCGUACUGUAUUGUUGCAAUAUUGUAUCUUUAAUUGAUUCCACAAAACUGCUCUGGUUCCCAAUUUCUUCAGGUAUCCAAUGAAUUCUUCUAAACACUUCUGACCUUAGUUUCCUAUUAGUGUUUUCACUUGUCUUAACCGUACAGCGUUGUUGCAAUAUUGUGUCUUUGAUGAUUACAAAAAACUGCUUUGGUCCUCAAAUUCUUGAGGUAUCUAAUGAAUUAUUCCAAAAUCUUCUGAUCUUAGUUUCCUAUUAGUGUUUUUUCUUGUCUUAACCGUACUGUGUUGCAAUAUUGUAUCUUUGACGAUUCCACAAAACUGCUCUGGUCCCUUGGGAUGUUUGUGCUCCUUUCUGUGUUAGUUUAUCAGCUAUCUCCUUUUUUUCGACUCCAGUACCCAAAAUAGGACAACUUUGUGACUAUAAAACUUCUUAUAAAAAAGUUUUUUAAUGUGAUUCAUACAAGAAAACAAUGUUUUUCAUUACAGAAUGAAUAUACCAUACAUCCCAAGCGAGAUUAAGCCAUACCUGCGAAUUUCCUAUAUAUUUUAUUUUUAUUGCUACACUAGCACUCAAUGUUAGACGCGCGGUUCGAUAACCAAGUUAUUGUCUUCAUAGACAGAACUUGGUGAUCGAAACGGGCGUCAGACAAUGAAAUUCUGCUUGUUGGUGAAGUGGUAACAAUGAAUAUAAGUUUGAAUAUUAACAACGCUUACUCUCAACUUAGUAUACGUUUUAUUUUGCUCGGUGAAAUAUUUUUUUAAUUAGUUUCUCAAGAAACCUUAGACUUGUUCUUAUAGCGUUGUAAUGUAUAAUUUACCCUCAUUUUGCGACCCCAAUUGCUUUUUUUUCUUGUGUUUCAUUUUGGGACUUUCUGCAAAUAUGAGUCUUUUUGCUAAAUCCAAUACUUAUACAGAACACGUCCAAGUCUAGGAAAAAUUGUCAAAUAAAGAAUAUGGAAAACACACUUUUAGUAAUCUAAUAACAAUAAAGAAAUAAAAUAUAGCUCAAUGCAGGUCAAAAUUUCCGAAAACUACUUAAUUUAUACAGAGGUCGGUAUAAGUCGGGCAUCAAAUUUGCAUUAAAAGAAAAAAAAUACAGCGUCAAAAUUAAUUUAUUAAAAGAAAUUACAUAGAGCCAGAUCCCUUUUCGUCCAAAACGCGGCGCGUCAGCAACAGAGCCUGUUUUCAAGAAUUUCUGGUACGUCGUCUUCCACACUGUUGAACGAUUCGGUAACGGCGAAUUCUAAAAACGCGUCUACUCGAAAAGCAUCUGUUAUCAUAAUACAGGCACAACUGUCUGAAGCACGAACAUGCUUCGUUUUAAUUUUUUCCGACAUCUUUGCUAAACUUAUGAGCGUUACCUAACUCAUGCCGACCUCUGUAUAUGUUGCUAGGAACUAUCGAAACUUCAAUUAUAUGUACAAUGCAUUAAAUUGAACUUUAUCUUAACGUCAUAGAAACGUAGGAAAUAAUCAAAAUGAUAGGAACUAACGAAGUGGCUACUGUUACUUUGUCGUGUAUGUAAAUAUAUUAUACAAACUUCAUUAUGCUGCAAACAUAAUUUAUUACAUAUAAAAUUGUUUUUUAAACAUUUGAUCCCCCUACUCCCCACAAUUUUCACUAAAUUGUUGUUAUCGAGAUCGGUAAUUUUUUUUAACUUUUUUAUUUGAGGUUUUAAUAAUGCAGUCAAAUACUUGUUAUACAGAUUCAUUGACUGGCCCCGGUUUCCGAGAUUUUAUCAUUUUUAUGCCUUACGGCGCUCAACCAAAUAGAUUUAUAUGAAAAAAUAAAAAAAAAAUAUUUUGUCAGAUUUGGCGAACCCCUCUAGAUAAUCGGCAGAUUAUUAGUAUAGGACAUAAAAAUGAACUGUAUGUAUCUUAAUCUAACGAGCUGGAGUAUUUCAAAAUAGCGAAUUCUUUUGCACAUUAUAAUAAUGGCCGCGAGUUUGCAUUACACUUCUGUGUAAUGAUUGAUGAAUGAGGUUCACUUAAUACCCCAUUAGAAAAUCUGACGCGCUCAAUCCUUUUUUAUUCCAACCCUUAUCUACGACCACCCGCAUCAUGCAAACGAUCAGAUUAACUUAUCAUCUGAACUUUGUAAUCCAAUGGGUAUCUGACGCUUAAUUAAAUCCCCAUUUAGCAUCGUAGUCCCCUACUAAGUAUUCAACUGUAUAUAUAUUAGAAAUAGUACACUUUAGUGUAAUUGCCAUAGUCCUGCAACAUCACGUUCAUAAACUAAUAGACUUAACAUUUAUAAAAAUUAAUAUUUUUUAACGUAAAUCAUAAAAGUUUGGUUAUGAACGUUUACAAUUGGUGAAGUCAAGAUACAAAUUAAUUUGAUCGACUAUAUUUAAAUAUGUAUGUAUUCAUUCAGUUGUAAGAAAAUUUCUAUGCUGAAUUUUUCCACUUUUUCAAAUUAAUCGCUAUAAAUCCCGAUGAAUUUCGUGAUUUAGCCACCAGGUAACUUGUUGAAACAUUUUUUUUAGUAUACAUACCACUUCGAUAUUGUAAAAUUUAUACAUUUUAACGGAGAUAACGUUCAGAUGAUUGUUAGAUUUUAUAGUCACAAAUAUGUUCUUGAAAGCUCAAACCUUAGUAUAAUGUAAUGUUAUAAAAAAUCCCGGUAUAUACAAAUAGUUAUUUAUCAUAAGGAUCGUCAUAUUAUUAUUUUUAUAAAUUGUUUGUUAAUUGAAAUUGAAAAAACAAAAAAUUAAUCGACCAAAUUUUAAAGCUAUAUAGUUGUUGUAUAUACCCGGAGUUAAUUUUUUCACGUCAUGGAGGAUGUAAUCGUUAUUUAUACAAGAAAUAUCUCUAUUAAAUUAGUUUAGUUUAAAAUAUUUAAGGCUAUUUAAAGUUUCCUAACGUGCUUGACUGUAAAGUAGUUUUGACUAAAAUUAUAUUUUUUUUUAAUGAAAUGUAGGCUAUUCUACAGAAUCAGUUGUUUUUCAUGUAACGAAACUGAAAUUUAUAAUGAACAUGGUGUGUCCUACCAUCACACCAACAUUCACGUUUACACAACCUGUAUUUAGUGAUUUGCCCUUGUAGUUUGAUUUGAUAUUAAAAAACUACCAAAUAUUUGAAAAAAAUCGAUGAAAGAACGAUCAGUAAAAUUUAAUGUUUGAAGAUGAUUUCAUGCAAAUGUUGGCCGCGGUUCCGCUUUAAAUAGCCCCAUGCUCAAGGUCCAAUUUUGGCACACUCUCUCCGACAUAUCGGCCGGUAUUUCACGAAUAAAUACUUGAAUAUUGGCUUCCAGUGCGUCAAUCGUUUCUAGUUUAUCCCUGUAGACAUAUGAUGGGUCUCAAACAUAAGAUGAACUGUUCACCGAAGGCGGGUAUCAAUUUGGCCAUUGUUUCGCGUGCUCUGUGACAUUGUCUUGUUGAAACCACAUGCAAUGCAUGUCCAAUUCUCCUAUUUAAAAAAAAGGCCAUCGUCGCUUUUGAAGAAGUACGGCCCGAUGAUGCCACCGGCGCAUAACCCACAUCAAACAGUGACUUUUUCGGGAUGCAUUGAAAGCUCUUGCAAUGCUUUUGACUGGUCUUCACUCCAUGAUGCGGCAAUUUUGCUUGUUGACGUAUCCAUUUAACCAGAAAUGAACGUCACUGAACAAAAUUUUUUGAUAAAAUAGUUUAUCUCCCUACAACUUUUCCAUCGCCCAUUCACCAAAUGUUAGACGUUGUGGGAGAUCGUAUGGCUUCAAUUCUUGCACCAGCCGUAUCUUAUAAGGUUUUACACCCAAAUCCUUUCGCAAAAUAUUCCACGCUGUGGAGUAACGGAGGCCUAUUUGCUGCGAACGGCGGUGAAUGGACAUUUCACAGUCAUGGCGGAUACAGCCGCAAUAUUUUCUUCGGUCCUCACUGUACGUUUGCGUGUUACUGGUUUAAUGUCUGAUAGUAUAAACUGGGUUCGAUAUUUAGUCACAAGCUUUCGAACAGUUCCCUCAGUAGACCGACCAAACUGCCUAUAAAUUGGAAAAGUGCGCAAUGCACUCUCUUAACCGAGCAUGAAUUUUCAUAAGUCGAUUCGUGAUUAAAUUAUUGACCAAACUGAACAAUCUGUCAAAAACUGUGUUGCCAAAAAGAUACCAGUAAAAAAGUCACUUUUUAGUAGGCAAAGUAUGUUUGUAAUGCUACUCAAGAAUCUCUGAAGACACUCGCGAGAUAGCGGGAGGGAAGAAUGCAUCGAGAUCGAACACGCAUGUGAAGCGACAUUGUUUUUUUUCUUGAUACAUAACCUUAUUUUUUUGUUAUAUACAAAUCACGUUCAAUUGAAUAAAGUAUUUUUAGUUUUCUCGAACAAAAUAAAGGGCGAAUUACUACAACAACCUGUUUCGUUCUUUGAGCUGUAUAUGAACCAGAUUCCCCCAGAGAGUUCAAAAUACCUAACCGUGUUAUUGUGAGUGUUGAUGUGUAGUAGUGUUCAGUAUGAAUAUCACCAUUAACAAAUUUCAAUCAGAUUUCACUAUUAAUUAACAAUUCAGAUUUUUAAUUGACUGUUUAAAAGGUCUCGGUAUAUGCAUACAAUGCCAUUUCUAUCAGAAUAUAUGACAAAAACAAAAGUUAAUUGCGUUAUGUAUUCAAUAGAGAAAAAAAGACAAACAUUAUCUCAUUAUAUAACAUGGAAAUAACUCUGUAUAAGGUGAUUCUAAAUUGAUGCGACAAAUUCCAAUUGAUUGCCUGUAUAUUGUUAUGGGUCUUUCUAUAACAAAAUUUCCUUAGACUACUUUGGAUAUAUCACUUCUAACAGCUAUUUCGGAUGAAAUUCAUUUUUUUUUCUUUUUAAGCGAAGAUUCACUUCUUCCAUUCUUAACACAUAAUUCAUUAUUCAAUGAAAAUAUCAUGAAUUUGAAAGUAUUUUCUUUUCCUCAGACUAUUGGUUCUAGAAAAAACUUGAGAAUAAGAAAUGUAUUUAAAUAAACUGACAUUUUAAGUAAUUUCCUUAUUUAAUACCACUAAAUAUAAAAAAAAUUGAUAACAAAUAUGCCGAGGGUUUUUAUUUCUACCAACUCAUAAAUAUAAUUUAAUAAAAAACGGUGGUUACAUUUUCGUAAUUACAAUAUUUACUUUACUCACCAACUCGUAGGGCUUUUAAUAUAUAUUCGGGCUAACCAUGGAUGGUUGACCAUAUUCUUUGUAUUUAAACUACUUUGGAAUAAACUAUUUAUUAAAUAAUAAAAUAAUUACUUAAAUUCGACGAAUGCCAGACUAUUAAAGACCUUGAAUCUGUUUACAGACCACUUUCAAAUACUUAUAUCCUAUUGUACAAAUAAUUAUAUGUAUGAUCGUUAGAGUCACAUAAAUAUAAAAUAAAGUACGUAAUUUGAUACGUAAAUGGAACUUCAAGUAUCUAAAGAACACUUGGAAUCAAUUAACUAUGAUGUGGGUCCCUAUUAGAAUCGUGUACCAUAAAUGAAUAAAAUAAUAUUCUAGUUGGGUAGCUAAAUUUGUUAUUUUUCAUAGUCACAUUAAUAUAAGACAAAUUUGGUAAUCCGAGAGGUACAAGGUAAAAUAAAGAACGUUUUGUACCACCCAACCAGAUGAUUAACAUGAGGUGAGUCAAUGUACAUACACAAAACUGGUCUGAUAUCUCCGAAGAGGAUGAUCCGAGGAAAUUUUGUAUAAGAUCAUUAUUUCAUAAGGGUAAUCUCUUGAAUUUGGAAACACCUCAUCAAUUACUCUGGGGGAUUCUUCUAUUAGUGAUAACUGCCAUAAACUAGUGUUUGUACUUUUGGUGUAUUUACCUACAUAUUAUACAUCAUUUUACUCUAGACUUAUUUGAGACAAAUCUGUGACACUCAAAUAGUUUUGUAAGAAAAUUUCAAAUAACUAAUGUUCAUUUAUUUCUACAAUUUCCCUACCUAUGUGAAAUUAAAAUGGUUUAAUAAAUAAACCAAACCGUUUGAGUACUGCAACGGUUGUUAAAAAAUAAUUUGGUUUAAAAUGUAUACAAUAGUUUAUGGUCGCCUUUAUUGCUGAUAAUUUUCAAGAAUUGUACAUAAGUAUGAUUUUGUAGAAUGGUCUUAUAUAGUAAACAAAAAAUAUUUAGUGUAGUGUCAUCAAUAUUGUUGAAAACUUAUUCACAUUUUUGAAAUGAUUAGAAUUUAAUUCUAUGGAAAAAUGUUUGUAGGGUAAAUUAUAACACAAAAUCCGUCCUCUACAUAACUUAAAAUUAAUAAGUAAGAGGAUUAUAAAAUCGGAAGUUAUUUGUUAAUAUUCUUAUAAAAAUUUUAGUACACAAUAUUGUUUUACCAUUAAACUGAAGUAGAUAGUAGUUAGAUGUUCAAUUGUAUUGUAAAACAUCAGUAAGAUUGCCAAUCGGUUAAAUCAUUUGUAUUUUUUUUUUCAUAUAAAGUAUAUUCUCUAUAAAGACAGUUAUAUACAAGACUAAAACUAAUAGUUGUAAUGAAGUUCAGAGCAUUAGCCCACAACUGAAAGCUCUUCACAACCAGGGCCGGUGAUCCUCUCAUAAGCGAGCGAUCACCAAAGGGAGUGGUUUGAUUGGUAGCGAUAUGGAUUCUCAUGUACCCCUCCGCUCGUAAAUUUAUAAUACGCGCGACUAUUUACGAUAACACCGGUAUAUUAGCGUAUUUUGUCAAAAUCGUUUUUUGUUCUGUACUUGUACUUUCAAUUAAAUGCAAAGAAUUAUUUUCCAGUCUAAAACCAUUUUUUAAUAGACGCAGUAUAAGCUUGGGGGAAUUUUAUUAGUGCAUCGAUUAUUUCAGCAUAUAUGAUAUAAAAUGAUAUAAAAUGAAAAAAUGAAAUAAAUUUUCGAUAAAGUGGGAAAACAGUGUCACAAACAGACCAAUUAUAAGAAAUUAUUAUUUUUUUUACAAAAAAAUCAAUAAUUGUUACUUUAUAACUGAGACAAAGUGUGAUCUAGAUCCCCAAAAUAGUUUAUGACUUGUAAAUUCUUACUUUGCCUUUAAUUGACAAAUGCUUAUUUUGCUAAAUGAUCUCCCUUCGAAAAACCGAUUUUGUAAUUUCCCUUUUCACUUGGUCGAUUUUAUAGUUGACACUACUUGUGUUAGGAUUCUGCUACUGGUAAUGUUGACUCCGAGGUAAUUGAAGCACACAACCUGGUUAUGUAUACCACCAAUUUGCAAUGCUUGUGUGGCUUUUUAUACAUAGUAAAGUAGACGCACUUCAUUCACCACCAUGAUUCAGCCAGGCAAAAGUUUAGAGUCACAUGAUUUAUUAUUUUUUUAUGGAAAUGCUGAUUGAGAUGUACCAUUAUUUUCUUGAUGAGGAUUAAACAUAUCUUACCCUUUACAUCUAAUAAUACAGUACACUUAAACUCUUUUCUGCAAUAUUUCUAUGUAAUUAUCGACGAUAAUUUUAAGUAUUAAAUCACUAACAUUCUUGGAGCAGUUACAUAGUUGAGAAAUUGGCAAAAGGUCUAACGUCAAACCGACUAUGCAUGAUUCUAUAUUCCCUUGGCUGCUUUUAAUGACUCAAAAAUAAUGAGGAACUUUUUCAAUGCUUUUAUGAUUCGAAAAUAGUUUAGAUUAGAUGAAUUAGGGCGAAAGGUCAUGAAUGUACUUUGCUAACACUUUGACCUAUUGUGUACCCCAGACUGUCCACCAGUCAUUUAGCAUAACUUUACCUGCCUGGUGGCUAAGCGGCUUACCUCUUCUGGCUUUAAAAAACUCGAAUGUAAGUACCGUAGUGUUUAUGGAUUGCCUCACACUUGCAAAGGAUGUAUUCGGCGGUUUUCUUUGGUUUUUUACGGAAGCAACAUAAGCUGUCGGGAGUUUCUCCGAUGUUCUUCAGAUGAUAAUUCACUGGACAGUAUCUCAAGUGCGCAUACUACUAACUUUCCUUAGCUCAUCAAUGUUCAAUGAAACGGCCUUUUUGAGACCAAUUAGUGGAAUAGAAAAGACUUGUUUUCGACUAUUUCAGACUUGGGGUCUUAUUCCAUGUUUCUGAUUUCUACUCGUUUUCUCACUUUUUUAUGACUUACACCAGAUGGCUUCUUGGGAAACCUAUGGAAGCUUGUGGUCAUAUGAAAGGAAAAUUGUGUAAUUCAGUAAGAGUAACUUUAUUGUUUGCUCCUAUUCAGUUCAAAGAAUCUAAGCAGUUCUAUACUAGCUCUGAUUCAAUUUUAUAAGAGUUGUAGGGCUGCUCUGCUGAUAGGAUGAAUAUCUCUGCCAUGCAGCAGGUACGUUUUGAGCAAAGAGCUACGCGUGUAAGAAUAGCAUAUGACUCCUACUGGUACUAAGAAUGUUCUGAGCCCAUUGAAAUAGCGAACUUGGUUCCUGUACCUCCCCUACUUGUCCAUUUUACAUCAGUGUAGAAUACUAAUGAGCCUCUGCAUUUUUUCCAUUGUUGUCUACUUAUUAUAAUUUUAUAGUUUUUGGUAAAGCACAUUUUGGUAGACAUGGUCUCCGUGAUCAUUAGAAAUGAUUUCUAUUCUUUUCAAGACAACGAUAUCGAUUAAUAAUUCCCAAUAGAAACGGACAAUAAUGUUUCUAUUCUCUUGAGAAUGCAUGAAUUGAUAAAAAUUGUAUUUUCAAUUAAGUUUUGAAGAAAGAGAAUCGGAAAUCCUCACUGGUUGAUAUUAGUUCUAAUAGAUGUUGGGGUAGGAGUAGAAAUCCAUGAAACGAUCUGAGCUAAUAUCUAAUUUAUGUGAUCUUUUGUAUAACUGUCUACGAUUGGUUCAAUCUUUAAGCCUUCAACAAACACAUUCAUGUUGUCAGUAUAAAAAAUCAGCAUCAGCAUUUUUGUUGAUGUUAAUAUUCACAACAACUCUACUUCGAAUUUAUUUUUGAAAAAUUCAGUUGAUAUACAAUUGAAUACAUGGCACAGUUUAAAACGAAUGGGUACAGACAAACCACUGGUAAUACAAAGUAAAUGUUUGUAUCCCGUUUGCACAUUUUUUGAAUCUAUGUACAUACGGUUUCAAAUGUAAAUAUGAAGAAUUGGGAUUUAUCAUUAUUCAAGAAUCUCUUAUUUGUAAGGUAUUUGUAUAGAUUUUAAUACUUCGGAAUGUUCUUUUACCUGUAGGAUGUUGAAUUUUUAUCACUUUUGUAAUGGCUGAAUCUGUCUUUAACGAAAGCUAUAAGAAAACAAAAUUUUUAUUUACUUCUUUCAAUCUGUCUCAAAUACUUAUGUUAUAAACAGAUUUAGUUUAUAUCUCUCUGAUUAAUGAAACAGAUUUGUUUAGAAUGAAAUUUCAAAGCAAUAAAAAUCAUUGAAAAGAAACGAAAAUAUACCAAAAAUGAAAUAGUGAUUUGAUACAAUAGAUUGGUACCAGUCACCCAGAAGGUAGUAAAUAAGGUGGAUACUUUGAAUAAACAUUUUGAGAAAACUUCUCAAUUGGAUAGAAUUGAACAAAGUGCGAUUCAUCGAGGUUAUAAGCCUCUUAGAUGUUAUGGCUUGGUUACUGACUACUUGUAUACUCAUAAGAACCAAAUAGCAUCCAUGCUGUGUCACCUUCUAUAAGAAAUAGACUCUUUAACUUUUUGUCGCUGUGUUGAUGACAUCUUUGGUAUCAAACCAAGAUCCUUAGAUUAAGAAUUUCUCCUCGAAAAUAUGUGCCGUCCAAGAUGUGUAUGUAUUGGAAGUAAAAAGUUUUUGGAGGUACUUCUGAUUAAAUAUUCAUCACAGCUCACUACGAAUUUGAGUUCUUUUAGCAGUUCAGUGGCUCCAAGUUUGGCGAUGUCCUCGACAAUUUCAUUUCCCCGAUUCCCCUAUGUCUAAAGAUCCAGAGCUAGUCUACCGCCUUUUGGCAAUUACAUUAAGUACCUUGUAACAUUCCAGAAUCAGCUUUGAAUCGGUGGUUAUGUUUUGAAGAGCAGAAGUAGCGAUGCACUUUCUGCGCAGAUGUGUACACUAAUGUGGCUAUUAUCUUGUACAGCAAGAAGGACCUCUGUAUGCUGUCGAUUCGGGCUACAAAACAGAGGCGUACCUUCCUAGGAGAAAAACUAAUUUUUAUGGAAGUUGGAAUACUUCCCUCACCUAUACUUCUUUAGAUACGUAGAUGAACAUAAAGACAUACAAGCUUAGACAAGAGUUGUGCCAUUCUCACAAUAAUACAUAGGUUAAACAACAGAUUGAAUAUAAGGAGGAAUAUUUUUGUUUCUACUCGGAGAAAUGGAUACUGUGAUUUUAUCAGUGUUAUAUAUACAACAUCAAUAAGUGUCAUUUUAAUUUUUGAACUUUAGUGUCAUUAUUUUCAAACACAUAAUUUUUGGUGCUUAUACAAUGUAAGACAGGCGAAUCUAUUUCGUCUCUUUUUCAAAGCUUUAAUAAUAGUACUAACGCACUUUUUAGCACAUGUAAAAUUUAAGCACACAGCUGUGAUUUUGAUUGUGAGAUAUACAAAACCUUUUUUCUUACGAGCUUGAAAUAGAAUUACGAAAUCUAGAUUUACAAUCAUGUAUUGAAAAAAAAAACUACAAUCCUUUAUCCUAUUUCAUUAUUCAAAUGUAUUUAAAUUGUAAUAAUUGAUAAUAGUUUGUAAUAAACUACAUUUGCAGUUUGAGACAA